UUUCCGGUCCAUAUUUAUCCUGAUUUUAUAUAAUUUUGUGAAAAAAUAUUACGAUUGGCACCACUUGCGUGGCGUCGUAUGUUUUGUUUGAGCCAUAACCUCACUACCACGUUCUCGUAUACCGUUGCUGCAAGGGCACCACGUGCAAUUUUUUUCUUAAACCUUGAAUAUGGCGAUUGUGAACGCGAAAACCCCGAAUAAGAACCGCAAAAGUUUGGCCAACGCGGGUCAAGCCGCGAGCCCCAAAGCUGGUAACAAAACCCCGGCGAAAAAUAAGCCUAACGCGACCCCCGCAAAAGCAAAAACGCCCGGAAAGCCAAAAGCGACCUUUGGAAAACCCACAUCCCCAAGAGCCACCCCUGGAAAACCCACAACCCCAAAAGCCACCCCAGGAAAACCCACAACCCCAAAAGCCUCCCCGGGAAAACCCAAUACCCCAAAAGCCCCUUCCCCUGCUCAGAACAAUGUUGGGAAAACUCCGAUUAAGCAAGAGAAUAAAGGGAAACGGAAUGCUACUGACUCGAAAGAUGAAAGCUCGCCGCCUAAAAAAUUAAAAAUGUUCCAAGGGACGUCUGAACUCGACAAAAAGCCGCAACAAAAUGAGGGCAAAAAGCCGCAACAAAAUGAGGGCAAAAAGCCGCAAACUAAGAACACUUCUGAGAAGAAAAAAGGUAAUUUCUUUUUCUUGCGGGACAGACUGGCCAAGGGGGACAUGUCAGCCCUUGAAAUUGUUGAGAAGAAAAUCCAAGCGAUGGAGCAGCGCAAAAACUUGAGUAAAACAGCGAAACGCAAAUUAAAGUUGUUGAGGAAAUUGAAGAUUGCCUCAGGUGGGGCUACACCUUCCAUGAAGAGAAACGAGAGGCGCAAGGAGACCAAAGCCAAGCACGCUGUAAAGCCUGGGACGAAGCCCGUGAAAAAAGAAGAGGAUGAAGAGGGUUCAAGCGAAUCUGACUAUGAAGUUGACAGCGAGAUAAAGCCUGAUAAAAUCAUCAAGACUGAGGAUCUGGAGGUUGAAGAGUGCGACGAAGAAGGGGAAAGCGGGGACGAAGAGGAUGAUUCUUCCGAAGAAGAGGAGGAAGAAGUCAAGCCAAUUGCGAAAGGUGGGAAAAAGAAGGGGCAGGAGAAAAAGAACGACAUAAAGGCCAAGAAUCUGAAGUUGCAAGCUAUGAGGAAACAAGGACAGUUGGCAGGGAGUGUUAAAGCGAGUCAGAAGAGGUCAGCAAGGAGGGCCAAGAAAAAUGCGAAAGUCAACGGCGGACCGUAAUUGUUAGUUUUAUAGGAUUUAACUUUUCUAUUUGUUAACUAAGAUUUUUGUGACGUGUAAGCCAUUACACUUUAGAAUAAAUAAGUAUACAACAGAA